AUGGCUGUCUUCUCUUGCCCGCAUGGAUCCGCGCUGACCGUACUAUUGCUUUCACUGCCUUCGGUUCAGGCAGUGACUGGCGCAGCUUCUGCUGGUGCUCCGAGCAGGGCCCUGCAUGCUAUCCACCCCGAGGCCCUUACCUCCUAUGUCGGCGGCUCUUUGCCUGCCGUGCCUUGGUGUGAUACGGAUCGUGUUAGCCGUGCUGGUCAAGCUAUAGCUGUCCAUGGGCGUGACUGGCCGGAUGGCGGGCCCAUCAACGGGCAGGGUUCUCAUUGGCUGGGCGUGUAUCUCUACACGCCCUACUACGCCCCUGUUUCGUUCGCCAUUCAGGUUGCGGAUGACACGCGGAUCCAUGAUGUCCUCGAGACGGCCCUUGACUGUGCCCCAGGUGUGCCUUAUGGAAUAAUGGACAAGGUUGUGGCGCUACGCCCCCAACGUUUUGAGGGCUACUUGUCCGCCAUUCGCUUCCCCAGUCACCUCAGUCAAGUUGGAGAAGGCCUAUCUGCAGUCGUUUUCGACCUGACACGGGUCGGCGGCCAUUAUUUUGCCUCUGUGCUCCCAAGGCAUACGUCUUAUGCCAGUUUGUAUGAUUUCAUCGUUCCACUUACCUCUCAUGACGAGGAGCCGUUGAGCAUCUAUGUCGGAUGCCGCAACUAUCCAUGGCCAGAGGCAGCCCUUGUCAGUUUGAACGACGGUGAUGUUAUUACCGUUACCCGUCAACCUGCAACUUUUGGACGAUGGAGGCAUGAAGCUCUUCAUGACCGCUCUAAAUGGGGGCCUAUGUGUCACUUCUUUGCACCAGAAGUGUACGAGAGUGUUUGUGUCAUCCAUCGGGGCCAUCGCUUUUGCGUGCGGGAACACCACCAUUAUGGUAGCACCAUCAUUGAGCAUGUUGCCAAUAGCCUUCGGCUUGAUGUCAACCUGCUCGUGGCCUGUACCUUCAUGACACCUGGCUUGGAUGUGCAGGGGUGGUACUGCCCUAGGCUUGUCACUUUCGUUGAUCGGCCUCCUCUCCUCGAUGGUGAGGCGACGCGCGCUCGGCACGAUGUCUUCACUUUGUGUGAUUUGCGUCCUCUCGGCUUUAAGCCUGAGUUCAUGCACACCAACGUUCCGAAGCUUCAUGUGCCGAGUCUGCUGUCCAACUUCCAAAUUGAGCUUCCUUCGACUCACAGGAUCGGCAUUGUAGGUGGACAUGUUGAAGGUGAUUAUGUGGAGGUUCAAGGUUGCUCUACCCUUCUCUUCCACGCCAUCAGCCGUGGCUCCGCUGCUUCUAUUGAUGGCGGUCACCUUGCGCAGCUCCCCCCUGUUGAUAGCGGGUUAUCUGUUGCGGUGCCCGAGUGGACUCGUCUCAGUCCUCUUCCUGAGGCUGGCGCGGACCUUGAUACGACUAUUCCAGCAGGGCACAGCUGGAACGUCACAGAUGGGGGUGCCACCUCUCCAUGGGUUGCUGCUCCGCCGGCUGCAUUCGAGCACGAAUGGGACACAAAUGAUGGCCUUGUCCCUGCAGCUUUUAAUCCCGGUCCGCCGCUUGAGCCACCUGCUUCUGGCCAUGUUCCUGCUGUGGACUCGAGCAGUGUUGGCGAGUUGAACGAUCGCCCUCCUGAAGAUGAACUGCUCGCAGCCGAUGUCAGCGGAGAAGCUCAUGGGCCGACGAGGCUCUGUGCAUUUGUUUAUAUGCCAGACUUUGCACCGGAAAUGCUCCAAGCGUCUGCCUUUCUGCCCUGCAGUGUUGACACAGCGAUGGCCGCUUUUGCUGCGGCACGCACAGCUGAUGCCGUCGUCAACUUUCCCAAUAUGGCUGCUGUGUCUCCUCAGCCCCUUCCUGACUGUGUCGUUGCAGUUGCGGCGCCUGGUUGGCUCACCUCGAAGGUGACUGUUCUCCUUGAUUGCCGAGGCAUUAACCGUGCUCUCUUUGCCCGGGUCCUUGACUUUCGAACCAACAGGGAAUCCUUGCUCCUUGCGGCGGGCCUUCCAGGCAGUAGUGCGAUGGACGUGUAUGUGCAUGGAUUGGUGCAACCGCUGCGCGCACAGCAAGCCCUCACCCUCGUCAAUGGUUUGCUGAUUUCCUUUGUUGUUCCGGCUCUUGGAGCUCCUGCAACCUUUGAGCUCGCCGAGCAAUUGUCUUCGAGUGACGGCUGGGGUGCAACGGUCGAAGUCCCUGGCCCAGGGAGUGUACCUGGCCAGUUCUUUUGGAUACUCACUGACGGCCAGCCUACUCGCUUCGAGGUGCACCCUGGUCGGCGCCCCGCAUUCCGAGCUGACCUUGCUGAUCACUUGUCAACUGCGGAGCACCGCCUGACACUCAGGCCUUCUGUACCCAGGAUCAUCGAUGGCUUCUUUGAUGGGUUUCUUACCAGUGGCGUCAUUGUUGCCACCGAGCGGGUCCAGAGACUCCCUAUACCGCCUGCCCGCUUUCGUGACCCGCGCCUCGUCAUUUUUGUCGAUGCACGUCGGGUGCUCCAAGGUAUUAUGUGGCUCCUCUCGGAUCAACCGUUUGUCCCCGUCCGACGUGUCACUGCGAUGUUUGAGGCAGCAUGUCCUCCCGAGCAUCUUGUGGCUGUCACAGGUGCCGACGUUACUCAUCAUGAGGCUGAGGUUGCCUUCAUUGUUCAGGAUGGCCAUCUCCUGACUGUUGAGUACGUGGAGGAUCUUUUGGGCACCAACGAUUCUGGGUCUGAUGUUGAUCCCGGGGCCCCACCUCCGGAUAUGGGCCCUGAUCGCUCAUAUGACAUGUGGAGCGUCGUUACCAUGCAACACGCCCUUCUUGAGGGCAAGCGAUGCCUCACCCCUGUCCUCCGACAGCUCUUUCUCAAGGAGGCCGUUAGCACUGGUGAAGGGGCUUUCCAGGCUGUUCGAGCGGCACAAGCUGCCACACAAAGGCUUGGAUACCGCUGGCCCCUUAUGCCUGCUGACCAUGCGUAUGGUCUCCCUGCUCCCGCUGACGAUUUUGAUGCGGAGUCGUCCGGCUUGCCCGAUGAGGUUCUGACCGAGGUCAUCUUUGUGCUUUUGGCCCCUGACUACAGGCCAGACAUCAUCCGGAUUACGCUUCUUAUUCCGCAGGGCCUCGAGGACGCCCUUGACCUGAUUGACACCUGUCGAUCAGGAGAUUUGCGCGAGGCAUUUCCCCUGCUGGCACCUGCAUGGCCUCAACCCGACCCCAGAUGGGGAGUCCUUAUUCUCUGUCCCGCCUGGCUUUCGGAUGAGGUUGUGAUUGGAGUGGACCUCACUAUGCAUGAUGGCCGGAUUUUUGCGGCCCGUGCCCCCACCCGCUUGGGAAAGGCCGAUCUUCUGGCUGUUGCUGGUCUAGCUCCUCUUGCGGACAUUGAUGUCUACGUACCAGGCACUCUUCGGCCACUGGACGAUGCUGACUUUGUGUCUCUUGCCACGGGUCACUGUGUACGAUACUUGCCUCGAGAUGCCGAGCCCUCCCCGGGCUAUUCUCUUGCGGGCAUGUUGUGUUCCCAUCUUCCAUGGGCUACUGAACCGCCCUUUCCAGUUGAGGAGGAUGUUGCAUGCUAUUGUGUGGUUGCCGAAACAGGUGUUCGCAAUUUCCGCUUGCACCCCUCUCGGGCUGCGCAUUACCGUGCUGAUGUUGCCGCCCUCUUUCAAGUUGAUCCGUUCCAGGUUGCUCUUACUCCAUCUAGUCCACGGCAGGUCGAUGCUGCCUGCUUUGGUCGAGUCAGCCAAGCCGUUGUUGCCAUUGGUCAGGCGUGUUGGGACCGAGGUCAGGUUGGUUCGUCGAAGUAUCGGGAUGCCUUUGGGAACAACAGUGGAUCUGGAUUCCGAGUGGCCAAGUCCUUGAGCUUCGCCUUACGCGUUCUCCUGUACAACCUGGACAUGGCAUUGGUUCGCCUGCAGGCUGUUGGGCACUUGGAAACGGGGAUCAGUCAUGGCACAGGCGCUCUUCCGUUUCGUGCGAUUGCGACGCCUUGCCGUGCUGUCGGUUCCACUUAUUCUUCAGAGCCCCUGAGACAGUCUGGAGCCUCUCGUCCCUCCUCAUGCACUCUCGAUGCGGUAAUCGGGGACUGGAUUGACGAACCUUGUACGCUCCUGGAGCAUGCUGCCAGGCGCCCUGGCUGUCAGGCCUUCUUUCUAGCUGCCACGCUAGCUGAGACUCUCUACGAGCAUUUUGGCAUGCCUCAGCAUCAUGCCCACCCACGCGAGGUGCCUACUACUCUUGUGCUCAGUUCCCUGAUUGGGGAAGCCGACUGGGAUGCCAGCGAGUCCUCGGAGUUCCCCAAUGCUGCGUAUAGUUCGAGUGCUUCUGCUCCGCCUGAUGUCUUUGACCUCGAUGCGCGCCAGUGUGUUCUCCCUUGUCGCGACGACAUGCUCGACUUCAUAAAGCGGGCCCUUCCGUAUCACAAUCUUCGCGGCCCAGCUGGCUUCUUGCCAGCGCCCGAACGCUUUGAUACUUGGAUUUCCUCAGGUACUGUUGGCAGAGCACCAGCCCCCGACGAGCUCGUUGUUAUCACCACGGAUGGCUCCUUUGACCCGUGCACUGGGCGAGCUGGCUGGGGUGUGGUUGUCAGUCUUGUUUCCAGUGAAGAUCUUUUGCUUCCAGGGCAGUUCAUUGGAUGCUUCUCUGGGAACCUUGAUGUACUCCGCGAUGCCGUUGGUUCCGCGUUCACAUCUUACAACGCCUACCUUGCUGAGGUUGCGGCUCUCUUUUGGGGGGCUGUUCUUGCCCUUCGUCUGCCUGGCUUCCUGCAUGGAGUGUUCCGAGCCGACAACAUCGGUGCCUUGCAGGGUGCCGAGGGUAUUGUACGUAUGCAGGUCCACCCUCUUUGUCAGGCGGCAGAUGCCUUGCAUAGUUCUCUGCGCCUUCUGCAGGCUUCUCCUCAUUACCAGCAUGUUCCUGGUCACUCGGCCGAUCCGGCCAAUGAGCUAGCUGAUGCGAUAGCCGGGCAGGCUUCAAAGGGAAAUGGUCUCGGCGCUUCGCUGACCUUCGAUGACUUAGAAUCCUGGUUUGCCCAUGAUGGAGCGGCAUUUGCUUGGUUGCCACACAUUUGCUUUGCGCGUCAAGCCCCUCGAGCUGUGCCCGAUCUCCGAGGCGGCCUUAUGGCUUGGAGCCGCCAUGCCACUACUGUUGGUAUGACCCUCUCGGACACCCUGUCCCCUUUCCUGCGGGCGUUUGAUGCAGUUGGUCGCAGGCCCUCACUAUGCGCUGCCCCAGCCGUGGUCAUUAAUAUCGUUUCCUUUAACCUGCUUUCGCUGUUGGACUCGGGCGGCCCUGCCCAUGCUGCAGGCUUGCAUGGGGCAUCCGGACGCGUGUCGCUUGUGAGUUCCUCUCUUGCGGGCCUGGAUGUUGGCAUUGCAGGUCUUCAGGAGUGCCGUACCCCCAGGGGAAGCAUGCGCUGUCAACACUACCGGAGGUUUGCAUCAGGUCGAGAUGAUAAUGCUUGCUAUGGUGUCGAAUUGUGGAUAUCCGAGAAAGGACCUUUUGAUCCUGACUCGGUCACCGUUCUACAUGCCGAGCCUACCUUCCUCCUUGCCGGGCUUUCCUUCCGCUCUUCGCCUCUGCGCGUUCUUGUUGCUCACGCGCCGCAUCGGGUGCACACGGCUGCCGACCGCCGGUCCUGGUGGCUUCGAGUCACGCAGAUCUGCUCUUCUCAUGCUCGCGACUUUGCUUGGCUUGUCCUCGUGGACGGCAAUUGUCGCGUGGGCAAUGUCGAGAGUUUUGGCAUUGGCCCCCAUCAAGCUGAUGUGGAAGACCUUGGAGGAGCCCUAUUCCGCGACCUCCUAGAGGUUCUCGGGUGUUGGGUCCCAUCUACGUUCACUGCUACCGCCUCGGGCCCUGGCGGUACUCUUUACCAACGCCGAAAUGGUGCAUGGGAUCGUUCCGACUUUGUUGCUAUUCCCGGUUCUUGGUCGCUCCGCCACUGCACUGCUUGGGUCGAGCCCUCUGUUUCAGCAGGUCAUCAAUGCCUAGAUCACCUCGCUGUUGCGGUGUCUGUUACCCUGGCUCCCUCUACUCAUCGCCGGGCUGCUAAAUCCAAACGAGUAGACCCGCAGGCCCUUGCCCUUCCUGAGAACCGUGCGGCUGUUGAAAGCAUCAUUUCCUCCGCGCCCUGCCCUGCCUGGACUGUUGAUGCCAGCGAACAUGCUGCUUUGUUGACCGACCACUUGUACCGCCAGCUUGUGGCUGCAUUCCCCAAGGAGCGCAGGCGUAUGCGCGCCUCGCAUUUUUCACCUGAGACGACCCGCCUUCAUGAACUUGUCGCUGGUCUUCGGCACUCACUGCGCAAUAGGAGCGCUGCUUACCGCUGUGCUAUGCUUCGAUGUGUCCUCGCCGCCUGGCGCGUCGGUUCGCAGCCCUUCCAUGCUUUCUUUACUGGGCGGUGGCUUUGGCGCCUUCAGAUCCGGCGUGCGUUAGACUGUGUUCUCCUACGCCGUUUUGGGUUAUGUUUGCGCAAAAGCUGCCGCUCCGAUCGCAAAGCGCAUGUGUUUCGCCUCUCGGCACAGGUCGAGGCUUCUCCUUCUGCAGAUCUGCAUCAGGCUGUCAGACAGAUCAUGCGUCCCAAGAAGUAUCGGGGGAAGGGAGCGGCUCCUCUCCCCAUGCUUAAGAAGGCGGACGGUACUGUCUGCACCUCUGCUGAAGAGAUCGCAACGGUGUGGCGCGAGCAUUUUCGCGUGCUUGAGGCCGGGCAGGAGACUGAUGCGGCGACUCUAGCCCAAACUUGUCGUAGUCGGCAGUUGGCCUUUGAGGGGUCUGACACCGUCGAUGCGGCUGCCAUCCCGACAUGGUCGAGGCUGCAGGCCGCCUUUAAGGCCACGGCUCCGCAUAAGGCGUCUGGCCCUGACCUCCUUCCUCCGAUCAUGUGCUCCCUAUUCAGCCAAAAGCUGACGGAGGCUUUCUGGCCAGUCAUGCUUAAGGCAGUGCUCCGAUCCAAUGAAGCGAUCGGAUUAAAAGGCGGCAUCCUCCACCGGAUUGCGAAGCCGUCAGCAGUCGAAAACACCACCGCAGGCUAUCGAGGCAUUCUCGUACAGUCGUGUCUUUCGAAAGUCCUUCACCGUGCGGCUCGGCACUUGGCGGUGGAACACUGGCAGCAGCAUGCUCUCCCUUUGCAGAUAGGUGGCAAGAAAGGUUGCCCUGCUGCGUUUGGACAUUUCUGUUCGCGUGCAUUUUUGUCUGUGAUGCGGGCGGCUGGCAGAUCGGCUGCCGUUUUGUUUGUCGACAUUGCUGCAGCCUACUAUGGCGUUGUCCGCGAAGCUGUACUUGGCGCCAAUGUGCACUCAAGGCCACUUGAUGCCUUGGUGGCAUCCCUCGGACUCACCGAUGAUGACCUACAGCUUCUCCAGCACUACGUCGAGCAUGCUCCGGUCUUAAGGCAGCAAGGAGCCUGCACCUUGCUCCAGGAGGUCGCGGAGGAGCUGCACCGCAAUACGUGGUUUGUCAUGGCUGGUGAUAGCCGUAUCAUUGAGACGUGCCGUGGCACGCGGCCCGGCGGGUCCUUGGCGGAUAUUAUCUUUAAUAUCCUCUUCAGUAAGGUCCUUGGACGCAGAUGUUCCUCUACACUUGGCCCUUUUGUGCCCCGCGUUCCGUGGAACGGUUGUCGGUCGCCCUGGGCCUCGCCCGAUCCACGUGCUCCAGCUUCGAUGGCGGUCGAGGCUAGCGACGUGGUCUACGCGGAUGACUUGGCCAGUUUUCUUGUCUGCGACCGGGCGGAUGAAAUUGCUAAGGCCGUGUCAGGAGUCGCAGCGGACACCAUCGAUACAUUUCUUCCGCAUGGCCUCAAUGCCAAUAUGGGGCCUACAAAGACGGCAGCCAUUGUGGUUCCUGUGGGCAGAGGAUCGCGUGCGGUCCGUCGCGAACUCUUCAGCCAAGGCAAGGGCAAGCUUAUCAUUCUGCCGGAAACAAAAGGUGGUCUCCGUCUGGACGUUGUUGCCUCGUACAAACAUCUGGGAUCUCUGGUCUCUCAUGAUGGAUGCCUCAUGCAGGAAAUUCGGCAUAGGCUCUCUGCUGGCCGAUCAGCCAUGCAUGAAGGCAAGCAGCGCCUUUUCGCCUGUCGCAGCAUACCCAUUGAGCGUCGUGCUACCCUUUUCCGUGUGCACGUACUUGCCGCGGUGCUGCCGGGAGCCGGCACUUGGCGGCAGUUGUGUGGGCAGGAAUGGAGCUUGUUUUCUGGAGGGAUCAUGAGCCUGUAUCGGCAACUUCUGUGUCUCCGGCAAAGUGGUGGUUUUCGGUGCACCAGCUCACAAAUCCUUCACCGAACCGGCCUUUCCUCACCGGAGGGCCUCCUUCACUUGGAGCGUCUUCGAUUCCUUGGACAGCUUGUCUGCCAUGGGCCAGAUGCUGCAUGGGCUUUGUUGGCUCAGUAUACGGAUUUUAAAAGCGCUCUGCGUGAUGCCGCUCAGUGGCUCCUGGCUGCUGUUCGGUCCACUUGUGAUCUUGGUGACAUCGAAGCCAAUUGGCCGGCAUGGGAAGCUCUCAUUCGGACUUCUUCCCACUCCUGGAAGGCCCUACUUAAGCGGGCGGAUUCAUGGCACCGCAUGUGUGUCUCCCAACUUUCCUUCCUUGAUGGAUUUGCGCGUGCCUCCUGGCCCGAGCGGGCUGGCUCGCGACCUUCUUUGCUGGAAAAUUGCGCCCACGCCUGCCUGUCAUGCCGCAUUGCCUUUAUGACAAGACAGCAGUGGGGAGCCCAUGCCCAUAGAGCACAUGGGUAUCACUCCCGCGCCCACUUGAUUGCGAGUGGGCGCACCUGCCAAGCAUGUGGACUACAGGUGGCCUCCGAGCGUAAACUCCGUACGCACCUGCGUCUGAGCCUCGUUUGUGUACAGCGCAUCGAGGCUAUGCGUGUCUGUGGCUCUGUGCGGUCCGACACCUCCAAGGCCCACGAGUUGGCCCCAGCCAUUGCAGGCGUUGGCAAGCGUUCCCUCGGGGUGCCAACUACAGAGCUCUGCGAACCUUUGCUUGCUGAGUUUCUUACCUGGCAACCUCCGUGUUGCGAUUGUGAUGAGGCCAUUUUCGCGGCCGUCCGCCAACAUAUAGCUCCAUUGCCUGUGCUUCGGAAUACGUUGUUGGCUUGGAGGUCCACCUUGGCUGAUGGACCAGUUAAGCAGGCAUGCGAUGAUGUUCUGUUGGUUUUCCAUCCCGAGCACCUAUGCGACUCUGUGGCCGGAACCCCCCUCUCUGAGGAGCCUGAGGAUUCCUAUGUCCCUGCUGUGAUCGCUCCACGUCGCUGGCCUGCCCUGGAUUUCUCUCCUCUGCUCUGUGUCGGCGCGCUUUCCUCAGCUUGGGCUCGGGAUGUCUCUGUUGAUGGCCUUCCAGUGGUUGGUGUUGCCCUGGAUGAGCUCUCUGCCUGGAGCUGUGCCGCUGUCUCGGGAGCUUGCGUCUCCUUUCCCCCUCCUCCUCGCGAGGCCAUUCCCGUGUUUAGUCCUUCGCCUUGCACCUUGCGUGCGAUGCGUUCGCUGUGUUCUUGGACUAAGAUCAUGCUGGAUGCACUUUCGGUUCUUCUGCAGCUGGCGGGGCGUGGGCUUCCGGUCUUGGCCCGCUUUCCGCUUUCCCGCCACGACAUGAUGCCGCUUUCUACGUGGUUGGAUUCUGCUGCGGGAGCCAACGAGGGGAGCGGAGGCUAUUUGUCGCGAGAGCUGAUUGAUGCUUUGGCUUUAAUCGCGAUGUUCGAGCGCCUGGGAGAUCCGAGGAUUCUUUUGCUGGACGGGGAGACUGCGCAAGAGCGGCAGGUGCGGACUGUGAUCCUCGCGCAGCAACUGGCUGCUGCAGGAUGCACCCUCAUGGCCAUUCACGGCCGCACGCGGGCGCAAAAAAACGAUGGGCCCGUGGACUACGUGGCCAUCCGUGAGGUCCAAGCUGCGGUGGAUAUUCCUGUGCUAGUCAAUGGAGGCAUGACGUGUCGAUCGCACGCAGAUGCAGUGCUGCAGCAAACUGGCUGCGCCGCAGCAAUGAUUGCCACUGCAUUUCUAGCAGAUCCGAGCCUCAUGCGUACGGAUGUCAUACAAGGGAGCUCCGCCGUGGCUGUCGCCUGCGAGCACGCGCGCCGCUACUUGGAUCUUUGCUGCGAAGUGGAUGGCCCGGAUCAGCCAUGGGCGCAGCUCCCGCUUCAUCUCGGACAUUUACUGAAGCGGUUUCUUCGGGAGAAGGAGGCCGCAGAUCCUGCAAAGCGCACUGGUCGCUACGAGUUCCUGAAGCGGCUCUCGAAGGGCGAUCCGCCCGAUGGCUUCACUCCCUGCCGACUCGAGGAGGCUGCGCUGCUGCUGCGGAAUUUCGCUUAUGAAAGGAAAUGUGGAAGAUGGGGCCAUGGAGACUUAGUUGCAAGAUUCCACGUUUCGGCAAAUGUGCGACCUGGCUCGCUUGCUGGAUUUGGAUCGGCAGCGAUCGCCCUCGGUAAGCAUUGGCUGCAUGUUCGCGCUCGCAUGUCAUCGGCUCGAAGUGAAAGGCCGCACUGCCCCCUUGCCGUUAGAAUCUCGAUUCUCAGACUCUCAGACAUGGCCCGGCUGUUGCUUCUGUCGAUGCUGGCGGUCACCUUGCCGGCUGAAGCGUCUGAGGCACCCGGGACUUGUGCGACAGCCUGGGUCCAAUGUGGCGGUACCGGAUGGACAGGCCCCACGUGCUGCGACUCUGGCUUCAGCUGUUCCCAGAUGAACUCCUGGUACUCCCAUUGUGUGCCAAAGGGCUCCAUCCCAGAAGAGACACAACCUGUUUCUCUAGCCGCUUCCGAAAUGGCUGACGACGAGUGCUAUCACAUGUUCAGCGAGCUCAGCUUCAACACCCUGGUCCAGUCUUUCCCCGCUAAUCCUGAUAGUGAAGCAAAAGCUUACGUCGACUGCAAGCUCUGCAGCCGUAGUGGCAUGCAGUGCACGGCCAAUGUCUUCGGUGGUCGCACUCAGCUCGUCGCAUCACACAUUCACCUGGCCUUCGAUGGAGAUGGUGAGAAUGGUUCAGGCCCUCCAGUGAUCAACUUCUGCGGGGACAACGGUCCUGGAAUGAUUGCUGAUGGCAGCCCCUACAAGUCUCCUUGCGCACACUAUAAGAACCGUGCUGCCGUGAUGUCCAUGACGGGCAACUUCGUUGACGGGCAGAAUGCUGGCUUCACGUUGGGAUCCCGGUUGAAAGACAUUGCUUCCAACCCUUCAAAGUAUUACUUCAACUUUCAUUCCAUUGCCAGCUGGACGCACUGGCAGGUCGAGGGCAAGGGUCCGGUAGGAAUGUGCCGCGGUGUGAUGCAGAUGAGUCAGAGGAGGUUGGGCUCUGUGCUCGUGUAG